AUGAUAAAAUUAUAUUGGUUAAAAAUAUCAAUAAAUAAUAAAUAUAUAUUUAGAAAUAUAAAAUAUAAAUAUAAUAAAAAUAUAAUUUUAAAUAUAUAUAAUAAAAAUUUAUAUAUUUAUAAAAAAUUAUUAAAUUUAUAUAUAAAAGUAUAUAAUGGAUAUAAAUUUAUACCUAUUUAUAUAAAUAAAUAUAAAUUAUAUAAAAAAUAG